CACUAAACUGACGUUUGGUCAAAUUCUUAGAUGUUUUCAAUCAAUUUACGUCUCCCCGCCUAAAGGUAAUCUUAUGGUUUUCCAUAAAUUCCGUGUUGUUGUCUAUUGUGUCAAUUUGCAAAACACGCAUGCUCAUAAGUUAGUAUCUAAGGAAAAGCAGGAGAGCAUUUAUAAAUAUCUUAAAUGCGCAAUUGUUAUAGUUUUUGAAUAAGAUUUUAUCAUUACUUUGAUUUUUCAUUAACACAACGGAGCAUUCCUUAUUGACUUAUUACAAUGAAUUACUCAAUUACUGACAGUGAUAACCAGCAGGUUUUUUCGAGAGAAUUUGAAAAUAUACUUCAAUAUUACAAAAAAAAACAACAAAGGCAAAAUGAAUUUAGAAACUUAGUAGAAAUGAUUGAAGAAAUAGAAUCUUCAAGAGGAAAUGAGUUGCAGUUUUAUCAGCAACAGUUAUCAAUGCUUUCAAAAAAUUCAGACGAUGAAAGCAAUGAUAUGACUUCAAAAUAUAUUAAUGAAAAAGAAAAAUGCUACCAACUGGAACAGCAAGUUUCGAUUUUGACUUCAAAAAUUGAAGAUUUAAAAGUAGUAUGUUCCAAAGAAAAAGAAAAAAUAAUAUCAAAAUAUGAAGAAGAAUUAGAAAAAUUACGGCGCGAAAAUGAAGAACGGAAGCAGGAUUAUAUCAAAAAAGAAAUCGCUUUGUAUAAUGAAUUACAAGCUACACAAGCCGUUGCUGCUGUGCAAUUUGACGAAAUGGAAAUGAAAUUAAAAAAUCUUUUAGAUGAAGCAAACCAAAAAUGGCGUGAAGCAAAUAGUUCUUGUAACACUUUGCGCAGUGAACUUAUUCGUACCAAAACCCAAAUGAAUCAGAUGAAUUUCAUUUUAAAUUCCAAGCAAAAGGAAUGCCAAGAUCUCCAAGACAAAUUAUGUGCAAUGGAAGCAAAAUUUUUUAAAAUACACGAGACUAAUAUUUCUGAUGAUAUUACGAAUUUAUUAAAAAAAGAUUGUUAUGAUCAUAGAGGUAUGCCAUGUGAAAUGAAUAUUGGCCACAAACCAUCUGAUGUUAAUAUUGAAACUUCAGUACAAAACAAGGUCAACAAUUUGACAAAAAUUGAAAAUAAAGGAACUACUACUUCAACUUACAAACCUUCAGAUUCAAUUAGACACAAAGAAACAACUUCUGAACUUGACGAUUUUAAAGUGAAUAAUCAGAAAGAAGUAACAAAUUUUAAGAGAAAAAUAAAACUUCCAUCACUAAUUCAAGUGUCUAACGCUACUGAAACUAAAUUUAUUAAAAAGAAACGUAAACUAUACAACAUUAAUGAUAUUGGAAAUUUGAACGAAAUUCAGUAAUACAGAAGAGUGUGUUAAACCA